CUCUCCCCCCCAGGCCUGCACUCCAUGCGCGUAUUGGACACGGUGGUGUCAGAGCCCGGCCCGGGGCUGCCCUGGUACAGCCGUGUUGUGUUUGUGGAUGAUCAAGUCAUCUACGUCUACACCAGCGGGAUGCAGAAGGCAGAGCCUCGCCCAGUGUGGAUGGCACAGAACGAGGGCCCGGAGUUCUGGGAGGAGAGGACCUGGUGGGCACAGCGCCACCAGAAAUGGUUCAAAGCGAGUUUGAACACCCUGGGUCAGCUCUACAACCAGAGUGAGGUGGUGUCUGAGAGAAGAAUUCCUCUGUCACACCAAACAGCAGCUGAUCCCGACUACGAUAUUGAACCAGGUACCGACUCUCAAAACCUGGAGCUACGGGAUCUGGUUGGUGCAGAAGGAGAGGAGGAAGGUCCUAUGCUGGUGCAGGCUGCCUCCUCCUCCAUCCAGAAGAAGCAGGAAAGGGUGUUUCACUGCCCAAGGACACUUCAAGGCUCACCAGGAGUUAUGGAAGAAGGGUUUCACAUUAUCCAGACAAUAUAUGGCUGUGAUAUCCGGGAAGAUGGCAUCAUUCAGGGGUUUUACCAGGAUUCAUAUGAUGGACGAGACUUUCUUACCUUCGAUAAGGAGACCAUGACAUGGGUAGCAGCAGAUAUUGGGGCUCAGAUCACCAAGAGGAGAUGGGAUGCUGAAGUAGAUGACAACCAGGGAUGGAAACACUACCUGGAAGAGGACUGUAUUUCCUGGCUAAGGAAUUGUCUAGAGUACGGGAAGGAGACUCUGCAGAGGAAAGUGCACCCAACAGCUAGAGUGAGUGACAGGUCAUCUCAUGACGGCCUCACCACCCUCUCCUGUAAGGUCAGUGGGUUCUACCCCCGGGACAUCACCGUGACCUGGCUGAGAGAUGGGGAGAGCAGACAGCAGGUGACCUACUCUGAAGGCAUCCUACCCAGUGGGGACGGGACCUACCAGACCUGGGUGGCAAUGGAGAUUGAUCCCACGAUCAAAGCCCGUUAUUCAUGUCACGUGGAGCAUGAAAGCCUGUUAGAGCCACUCUCUGUCCCCUGGGAACCAAAUAACAGUCUGAUUCCCACUGUGGCUGGAGUUAUCACUGCAGUUCUCCUGAUUGGUGGUAUAAUUGGAGUAGUCGUCUGGAAAAAGAAACGCUCAGGUAAAGAGCCUGGAAUGGGGGGAUUCCCUGGACUUACCGGGCCCUGCCCGUACCCCUAA